AGCAGCAGCUCGGCAUUCUAUCCCACUCCCAUUCACACUGACUGCCCCACCCUCUGCCGGCCGGCCGGCCAGUCGGACAGACGGACAGACGGACGGACGGACAGACGGACAGACGGACGGACGGACUUCGCGAGGGCUGAGGCGGCCGGCAAAUUAUGCGACGAGGCGCAAUCAGAUGCAGCAGAAACGAUCUUUCAUCGGCCUCCGUCGGCGACAGUCGGCCGGUUGCAUGUCGUCACGGCCUGCUCGUCCCGUACUCACCGGCCCGACAACAGCACCGGUGACAACAGGCCACAGCCGUCAUCAGUAGUCGUGACGCUGUCGUGCGCACCAGUUGCCGCUUGUCUCGCCCAUCCUCACAUGCACCGACUUUAUCCUCUCGUGGCAGGACUCUACUUCUGCCAACCG